AUGACAAAACCUAUACCAAGAAUUGGUUCACGUAGAAAUAGCCGUAUUAGUUCACGUAAGAGUGGGUGUAGAACACCAAUAGGAGUUAUUCAUGUUCAAGCGAGUUUCAACAAUACUAUUGUUACUGUUACAGACCCACAAGGUCGGGUCGUUUCUUGGUCUUCUGCGGGUACCUGUGGAUUCAAGGGCACAAGAAGGGGUACCCCAUUUGCUGCUCAAACCGCAGCAGGAAAUGCUAUUCGUGCGGUAGUAGACCAGGGUAUGCAACGAGCAGAAGUCAUGAUAAAGGGUCCCGGUCUCGGGAGAGAUGCAGCAUUACGAGCGAUUCGUAGAAGUGGUAUACUAUUAAAUUUUGUACGUGACGUAACCCCUAUGCCGCAUAAUGGAUGUAGACCGCCAAAAAAAAGGCGCGUUUAG